AUGUCCUCUAUUUUCAGUGCGAAAAAGCUCAAGGCAAGUGCUAAUGGCACCUCCAACGCGUCUUUCUCAAGUGGAGACCAGGGUAAGGCGACUCAAUCGAUACCUUCUCAGUCCUCAACUGAGCUCACCAGAUCAACAAGAUACAAGGUCUCAAGACUGAUUGCGGCGCCCCAGGCUCUCAGAGUGAACGAUGGGUCUUUGAAGGAUGCCUUGGUGGAUUCCAGUUCUGGUUAUGCCCUUGUAGUCUCGUUGGAUCAUGUUCUGGUGUGGAAGUACGCAACCAAUGACAGCAUACCUGAAGUCGCGACCUUUUCAUACAAGCCAAACGAGUAUAGUGUUCCUGCGAAGGCAGUAUUAUUGCCAAGUCUCCCAGGUUCAAAGUAUCCAGGUUUGGUGGUCAUUGAUGCUGUAUCUGGUAGGGUGCGAUACCACGAAUCGGUGGUCUCUGCGCCUGCUGUUGGAUUUCUGAACGGAAAAGAGCUAGAUCUCAAGCUCAACAAGGAGUUCGUGGAUAAAGCCGAGUUCGUUGGCAACUUCACUGUUCUUAUCUCGACCUCUGCAAAAAGGCUCUUUGCGUUGCACUUGGCUGAUGGCGCGGGUAGACCAUGCCUCAGCAAAUCUGAGAUCCAGAGCUCUCAAAGAUCUUUUUUGGGAAUUGUCUUUGGUAACAAUGUUUAUGACAUGCGGAACUACCUGAACUCUUCGAGAAUAGUUGCCUUGAGAUCAGGAAGAGAGCUAAAUUCUGGAAUGAGGGAACUUAUAGUUCAGGAUUCUGACGGCAAUUUGUCGCUUUUCCAACAGGGUAAUGGUUCUGUGGUUCCAAUUUCAUCUCAUAAUAUCAAGAAUGAUCUAUGUUCUCCUAUCGCUGAGAUAUACCCUCACAUCCGUCUGAGUUUCCGUGUUGAGGACCUUCAACUGUUGGCCUCUCAGGGCCUUAUUCUACUGGCCAGCUUUGAUAAAGAGCCUUCCACUUUGGAGAGAUAUCUCAUUCUAUUCACCAUAUCUGUUGAUGAGACUGGUGUCAGUGUUCAUUCAUCCUAUCGGCUUACUAGCUAUAUUGCCCAUGGAGAUGAUAAAAACUCUUUGUUCUUGCCCUCGCCUUACUCCACUGCGUUCGUUGUUUCGGGAGGUGCUGUUGUGCUCACUGAUGUCCCUCUGAGCUUAUCUGCGAACGAGCUUCAUUCGAGAAAGUGGGAAGAUUUUGUGCGCUUCAGGUCCAAUGUCACUAUUCUCGGCUUUGGUUGCGAAGACCAGACUGAUUAUUCAAACGCCUCGUGUAUUGCUGUCUCUGAUGGAUAUGGUCUGUUGCGUGUUGAGAAGUACAGUGAUGAUGCGGAGCCUCCGUUGGAACUCGAGUUCAACGAUUCUGUCUCUUUGAUAAAGUCCCACAUUGAACAGGCGAUAAUAUUUGGCGGCGAGGAUGUUACUGAGUUGAACCCAUUGUUUUUCGAUCUUUCAUCAGGCCUGCGGUUGCUCUCUGAUGAUGUUCAGGAAGCCAUUCAGCUGACCGUGGCUGAGAUAUUAACAAGCGAAUCGAGGUACUUACCGUCUUUCGUACCGUCUCUGGAAUCACAUCUGAAAAAGCGCUUUACUGCACUGAAAAACCUAGCUUAUUAUGUUCGCACCAACUUCCUGGAGUACAUUGAUGAAGACAUCAAGCUACUGGUUCUCAAUUCUUUGGAGAAAAUUGCGAUUGCCAAAAGGUUCUACGGCAAUUUCAACAAUCCGGAUUCCACAGAUUUCGUGGAAACUUUGGAAGCAGCAAUAAAGGUGGUCACCGGAACGAACGAUGGUUCAGCAGUCAUUCGUGAUUAUUUUUCAAAGGAUGUAACCUCUAUUUUAGAUGUUCUGUCAGCUUUCCUGGGCCAGUUGUUGAACAGUGAUGCUCUUGAGAAAACUCAUGUGGACUCUGUGGCCAGCCUGAUGCAAGAUGUUCUAGCCCAUGCUUAUCUUGAGAUCGAAAGGGACAUCCGGUAUUCGUGUUUGGGUAUUAAAAGCUACUCUGGAUCCAAUAUCAAUCCACCAAUCUCGCUCGAGAGUGAUUUGUUUUUCAAAGUGGACCAGCUUUUGGGUAGGUUUGGAUCGGGAAAUGCUGAUCAACUGAAGAAUGCUGAUAACGAGAAAACCAUCAUUGCAGCUGGAUUAGCGGAAAGUUGUUACUAUGCCUUUAACGAUGCUUUGCAAUGGAACUCCAAGCGACCAGAGAGUUCAUCGAAACUCGAGAUCUCCAAGAAUUAUGGUCUGAUCUAUGAUGAGACCUUCAAGAACUGGGUUACUUUGGCUCUUCUGGCAAACCAUCAAGAAAGCAUUCUCACUUUGGCUGAGUUCUUUGAAGAUUUUGAGACAUUGUGCAUGGUUCUUGAAGCAAGGAGGACGGAACUUGUAUCUCUGAUAGAAUUCGCCCGGGAAAAUGAAAAACCGGAGUUUGAGUUGAAUCUGGAGGAGGUCUACUUGAGUUUUGAAAGUUACAUGAACAAGUUUGGAUACCAAUUUGCUGCCACAAUGUAUGAAUAUUAUAUUUCGGAGGACAAACUGAGCAUGGCGUUCUUAGAGUUUCCCAAGUUCAAGCCAUACUUGAAUGAGUUCCUGUCUGAUGGAAGACACGGCGAUGUUUCAUGGAUCAAGAAUGUUCUUGAGAGGGACUACGAGAAGGCUGCCAGUACCCUUAUUGCUGUCAGUCAAACCCCCAAUCAGAAUUACAAGAACAAGAUGCUUGAGCUGAGCAUCGCCAAAUUGUCUAUCAUUGCAUUCGCAAAGGGUGGGAACGAUGCUUCGGAACUGCUGAGAGGCAUCAAAGUUCAAAUGUCCACGGUCAACCUCCAACAGAUGAUAGAGGAAGAACUGAGUGUGUUUGUUGCUGAUGAAUCCAACGAAAAGAAGGUAAGCUUUUGGAAAAAUGAGUUUUCGACCACGUAUCUGAAGAGCCAUAAGUACGAAGGACUCCAGCCAUUUUUCGCACGAUACAUGGAAACUCUGGGCGAGAAAUACCCGUUAUCCAUACCCGAUUUGAUUAAUUUUCUGACUCUGGUGGAUCAAAAAACCGUCAAUAUGGAGGCAUUCUUUUACAAUGCAUUCAAGCUGAUUGUGUUGCUGAAAAGAGAAUCGUAUCCGGUUUCUCCUAGGUUCAUUGAUGUGGCAGAGAGAAUUAUCUGGCUGAGAUUGCUGGUCAGAAACGACUGGGACUCCAUAUCAGACUCCUCCAAUAACGUGAUACUAGAACGGGUACAUGAAUCAAGCUUAUUCAAAACUGUGUUUUUAUUGAUGAAUGCCCAAUUUAUCGACACAAGUGCAUUGAGCGAGUCGCUGAUAUUCAUUCCCUUCGGUGACGAUAUAGCAAAGCUUUUCUCUACAAGACUUUCAGAUGACGACGUCAAACUUGUUAUUACCGGAGAAGUUAACGCGGAGUUCGAUCAAAGCUUGCAAAAGGCUGCGAAGGAUAUUGAUUCUGAGCAGGCCAGUCUGGACGAGCUGAACAAAAAAUACAACCUAGGAGAAUGGGUCAAAUCCAUUGUGUCUACGGUAUCAUGA